AAGUCAAACUUUUAUUUGGCACAUUUUUUUAGAUUAUCCUUUAUGGAAGUUGAUGGUACAGAUUGGAAUGAAAUUGUUGAAGCUCCAGAAGCUUUUAAAUGUCCAAAUGAUAUAGCAUUUGAUGCUGCAGACUACUGUUACGAGCUAUCAGAUCCGGCUAUUAAAACUGGAGUUCAGUAUGCAGCAAAUGUUCGUUUGUUUAACAUUUUGAUGCCUACACUUAUAACAAUAUUCAUGCUGCAAUUUUAUAUAACAGUCAAAAAUAUGCGCAGUCGUUAUGCAAUAACGGAAAGAAUUAACGGGUCUGUCUACAAGCAUGUUAUCGAUAACCUUUUACCUAAUACCCUUUACAAUAUAUCAAUUCAAGCCGGCACCGAAAGUAGCGACUUGAGUCCAGCUGCAUGGAAGUUGAUCACUUUACCACAGUUCCAUUAUGCUAAUGAUGGCAUUGAACCAUAUUCGCUAUCGAUCAGCAAUAUUCAAGCACUUAAACACGGUUCUCGUAUACAGUUGAGAUGGUCAAUUGAAGUAAGACGCCCCGGCGAUAAUUACUGGCGACAACUUGUUGGUCCAGUUCGUCACGACACAUCUCAGCAGUCCUUUGUAGUUGAGCUGCCAAGAAUUAGUUCAGAAGAUUAUUACAUUCGUAUUUCAGCACUUAACAACAAAGAGGAAGUGAUGUUGACAUCCACACCAUAUCGAGUGACAUCUCAUUGUGAAGCGCCGACUAAAGGACCUCAGAAUGUACAUCUUGAAGACAGUGAAAGAGGUGUUAGAGUUCGAUGGACAUAUGACGAUAUCGAUGGCAAUGAUUGUCAAUUACAGUUCAAAAUAACAGGUUAUGACAAUCGUAAACCUUUUACUAAAACAGUUGACGGUAAUUUACGAGAAUACACUUUCCCAACUAGCGGCGGCGGUGAAUGGCACUUAAGAGUUCAGGCGGAGAAUCAGGCUGGUUCUGGACCACAAAGUGAUCUGGCAGUUCUUCGAAAAACUUCAGAAGUAAAUGUCGGUGUCCGUACACAACGUUCUGUGUGUGAUACACGUCUAGAUUUCUGGUGUCGUAAUCAAACAAGUGCGGAACUGAAGCCGUCUCCCACUGAAGCACUCACUAUUACUCCGCGUAUCAUUGAUAAUACUGGAGGAAGGCUGAUUGUUGAGUGGGAAACGAAGGGAAAUAGCCGUGGUAUAGUCAGUUAUUUGGUACAAUUCAGAACUGAUGAGAUUGGGUGGCGUGCAAGCGGGUUUGAUUUUCACUUUCAUCAUUAUCGAAAUGCAAUUAAGGCUUGGACAGUAAAAAGCCAUGUACAAUUUAGCCAAUACACACCUCACGUUGGAGACAGCAGAACUUAUCGCCAAACACUGUACAAUCUUCAAAGAGGAACUACCUUUUACGUGCAUAUUCAGGCUCUUGAUACCAGCCACACUGUACGGUACACAAGUGCAGAAGUAGCUGCAAAGACUGCAUGUUCAAGUAAGCAAUUCGUCAAAAAAAGAAGCCCCACACAAGCGCCGUUAUCUCCUGAAAUCGUAGCUCCAGAUUCACGCCAUGUUCGAGUUUUAUGGAUCCCGCCGCCUCCACAUACUUGGCAGUGUAAUAAUGUUGUUAUUGAACUACAAGUUCAGGAUCCGCCGGGAGUUGGAUUAAUCAAGAUUGAUAAGAGUAAAAGGGAACAUAUAUUUGACGCUGCACCUAAUCAGGAUUGGGCAGUGGCUCUCCGCGUUGUGAACUCUGUUGGAGCUUCUCCGUGGACUCAGACUGUAAUGACAAGAACACCAUCAGCAGAAGAUUUGAUUGUUGGUCUUAAAGUCACUCACAGUGAAGCAAUGCCAAGGGUCACAUGGAGAAGUAAGGAGGGUUACGAUAAGGCAAUUGGAUACUAUAGACUGGAAUGGCGUCCAAGAGGAAGCGAAGAGUGGCAGAAACAUGGCAACCAGGUAACUGUUUUAUCUGUUGACAUUCCACACUUUGGUUGGCAGAGAUCGUAUAGCGUCGACUUGCAAGUUUUAACAGAAGCUUCGCUUUAUGAUGUUCGAGUAAAAGCAUUUGAUGCUGCUGAAAAUGUCAUAUACACUUCCCACAGCCUUGCAGUUCAAGUUCAACCAAGAUGCGAACCUCCUUCUAUCCCGCCAAGCGAUAUAAGAGCUACUCCAAUAGGCGCUACACAGAUACAGUUGCGAUGGCAGCCAUUACCUAUCACUGAUCCAAAAUGUGCCAUUUGGUAUGUGAUUGAGUAUUCAACACCGCAAUACUCGGGCGUACAGAAUGUUUCGAUGGAAAAAACUCAACAUUUGUUUGAUUCUAAACCGUUUACCAAAUGGACAUUCCGUAUCCAAGCUGCAAAUGCAAUGGGAGAAUCGCCAUGGUCCGAGCCAGUUACUGCACAAACUCUCGGAGCAGCACCAAGUCCCAUAUAUAACCUACAAGUUCAUCCAAAGUCAACAUCGAUCUAUAUGGCGUGGAGGCCACCGAGAGACUCAAUGGGACAAUAUGUAGAAUAUGAAAUAACUUAUCAGUUGUUGAACAGAGGAAACUGUGGACCUAGCGGAAACGCGCCAGUCAAUAAAGUAACCUCACCUCAAACUACAUUCACUAUUAAUGACCUAUAUCCAUACUCAAAGUAUCGCAUAACCAUAGCAGCAAAAACUACAAUUACUGGCAGAAGUUUCACACAAGACGUGGACACCGCUGAAAGUGCGCCAUCUGCUCCGCCAUUUGACAUCCAAGUUGAAGGAGUACGACAAACUGAGGUAGAUUUGGCAUGGCAACCACCAAUUUGUACAACAAGGAACGGUGAGCUUACCGACUACGAAUACGAACUGCGGAGCUCUCUGCAACCUCACUCUGCUAUAAAUAUCAAGAAUACUGGUGGGCCAAAAACACGAGUAACAGUAAGUGGACUUAACCCAAUGACUCCAUAUUCGGUUCGAUUACGAGCAUAUACGCAUGGAGGCCAUGGUCCAUGGUCAGAAAGCGUAAAUUUCCAAACUCGUCAAGUAGAACAGAUAUCUCCUCCAACUGACGUCAAGGUACUGAAAACGGGUCCAGACAACGCCCACAUGUUUUGGCAAGAUAACUAUGGAAGAGCAAAUUCAGUCGAUAAAUACAAGUGUCGGUACACGGUUAUUGGCAGAAAUGAUUACAAAGAACGACAAUUCCCUGCGCAUAACCCAUGUUCAAAAGAAGUUAUACGUACAGAGAAUAUUCCGGGAUUUGCACCUGGUUCACAGCUGCACUGCGGAAAGAUAGACGGACUAGAAAAGCAUAAAGAAUAUCAAUUUGAGGUGGCUGCUGGUAGUACUUCGCAGAAUCAAUGGUCAGAUUGGAGUUUUGCUUGCACUCGUCCAGUUGGGUGUAAUCAAAAAUUGGAUCGCAGAUUUAACUCUGCGCCAAAACUUCCAUUUAAUCGGGUGUUGUCCUUCCGAGUUGUCGCAGUGUAUCCCAACAAUGAAGAAAUUAACAGUGAAGAAGCAUCAGCUACAACAAAAUGCGCUGCACCACCUCGCCCACCUGAUGCCCUCAACUUAGAUUCGGUUUCUGCAGAAGAGACAAGAGUAACAUGGGCAAGACCCGCAAGGAAUGAUUGGCUCUGCGACCAGAUUGAAUAUGAAGUAAACUAUCGCAUAGGAGGAAAAGAAGGGACCAAAAUUUUGCCUGGUCACAUCACAGAGUGGAUUGUAAAAACACCACCGAACGUCCAAGUGCUUGCAAAAAUCCGAACUCGAAAUAUGGCGGGUUCCAGUCAGUGGAGUCAAGAGAAAACAAUAACAACACGACAGGGAAUUCCUGGCCCAGUUCGGAAUUUAAAACUUACGCCUAGAGGACCUAGUGAAAUAUUCAUUUCUUGGGAACCCCCUCUAGAACCUAGAGGCCAGAUUGUUGGUUAUUAUAUCAGUUAUAGGCUUAAAUACCGCCUGGCAUGUAAAGAUGACGAGCCUCGUGACUCAAGCAGAGAAUUUGUGACACUUCCUCCUCUAAAAUCAACCAAUCAUUUACUGUCUGGACUGCUGCCAUACGCAAUGUAUGAGGUAAAAGUCAGCGCUAGAACUUCAGAUCUUGGUCCCGAAGAAACUCGUGAGGUUGCUACAGAGCCGAAAGCUCCAAGCGGGCCUCCCGUAGAUGUUGAUAUUCUUUCAGUGACACCCACGACCGUCACUUUCACUUGGUCUGAAGUGGAGUGCUCAAUGCGUCUAGGCCCAAUCCUUUCUUAUGAAUACGAAAUAUUGGGUCAAGAUGAUUGGGCUAAAAUGCUGCGUUUGAUAGAUAACCAAACAGAAACAACUUUAAGAAUUACCGAUCUAAUUCCGUAUACUAAAUACAUUAUGAGGGUAAGAGCUUUCAACAAUGUUGGUGGAGGUCCGUUCUGCCAAGAUAAGCACUUCACUACUGAAAAAGCCGAAGCUCCGCUACCACCUCAAGACCUGUUAGUGAGUUUGGAAGGAACAGAUUUCUUGUCAAUUACGUGGCUUCCUCCUUACCCUCCGUACGGGCCUCAUGAUGCACAUAAAAUUCAGUACAGGCUCAAUGAUUCGUCACACUGGAACGAUUGGACAGAAGUGGAAAAAGGUGUCAAUGAUCCAGCACUGGAGUGUGUAAACAGGGGUCGUUUGUGUUACACAAUAAACGGUUUACAAAGUGGUCGGGAGUAUUUGAUUCGAGUUGCUACCCGAAUUAAAGGAGGAUCUUUUGGUCCUUUCUGUGAAGAAAUAGUGGCCAGCACUUUACAAGUACUACCUGAUGCUCCGCAACGAAUCGCUGUCCUUCAUAGAACUGACCAGUCAUUAAACAUUUCAUGGGUGCCACCACUGGACUCUCACUUGUUAAAGCAGUACAAAGUUACUGUGUUAAAAUCUGGAGGUUCAAAAGCUGACGAAAGAGUAUACUUCGUAAACCACCCUGAAACUACCUUAUUUGUUGACCGACUGGAACCAGAAACACUAUAUAACAUUAGUGUUUCUGCAAGAGCUGAUGGAGACUUUGGCCGCUCAGCCAGUGCUGUAUUUGACACUAAUAUAUUCAAGCCUCCAUCACUACCGGAUCCCCCUUUGGUUACACCUGAUGGAGCCAAUGCUUUGGACGUUUUCUGGAAAGGACUAACUGACUCGAAACAUUCGAAAUGGGUCAAAGCGUAUAUAAUUGAAUAUCGUUCAGCAAGCAAUUCUGAGUUUCAAGAGUAUGGGCCUAUGAUACCACACGACCCAGCCAAGGUUGACUACCACGCGAAGAUUUUGAGAUUGAACCCAGACACUCUUUAUUAUGUCAGAAUCAAACUUGCCGAUUUGAAACGUGUUGGUAAGCCUGGUCCAGAAGCAAAGGCUAAGACUGGUUGUGACAGUAAAAAUUCACUAUUACUAGGGCCUGCUUUGCCACCGUUCAACAUCAAAGCCAAUGCUCCUUCAUCUAAUAAAGUAGUUGUAAACUGGGAAGAACCAGACUAUACGUCAUGGCGAUGUUCGGACAUCAACUAUGUUAUCGAGUAUGUUAAUGGGUCAUCGCCGGCACGUCGGGUGCAAAUCCCAAGAAUGACUGAGUACACCUUUGACUCAUUACCAAACACACAUUGGACGAUAAGGAUUCUUGUCAAUAAUAGCGCUGGUGAAUCAGAAUGGAGCAGAAAAAUUACGAUUACUACUGCAGAGGGAGCUCCAGGACCUGUUGAAGAUAUUGAUGUUUCUGAUAAGGAUGGCAAAGCUUUGGUUACGUGGGAUCCACCAAAAGACCCGAAUGGCGAUAUUACGAAGUAUACGGUUAGAUACUGGUUAAAGAGCCUCGGAGAAUGUGGUCCUCAGCAGAGUAUACCAAUCACAAAAGAGGUUACUUCUAAUAACUUACUUGUUGACGAUCUUAUUCCGGACGCCACGUAUGGAUUUACGGUAACUGCAUACACAUCUCUUCCUGGACAGGAAUCUGAAGUAUUUGAUUAUCAGACUCCUCAAGCAGCACCAACAGGAAAGCCGAAAAAUAUAAGAGUAGAUCCAGUUGAUCGAAGAAGUGCAAAUGUGGUUUGGGAGAAACCGGAUUGUGAGUUAAGAAAUGGUCCUAUCACUGGUUAUUCUGGCGAACUUAAGGCACUUGAUGAUUGGGGUAACGAUGAAGAGGCAUUUGGUGCCGCUGAAUCCGCCCUGUAUGAAAAUCUGAUUCCGUUCACCCGUUAUAAGGUUCGGGUAAGAGCCAGUAACUCUGUAGGAGACGGUCCAUUUUCAGACUGGAUACACUUUACUACUUUGCCUGAGGCACCUUCUCCGCCAACUGAUUUGACUGAAGAAGAUUCCUUCCCAGAGGCAAUUGAAAUCUCAUUCUUGCCACCUUUUCCGCCGUACGGUAUUUUGAGCACGUACAAAAUCCGAAGCAAAAAUUUGAGAGAUAAGAAAGGAAAGGAAAAGGAAGUGAAAGUGCGGAAAGAAGAACUACAGUGCUCUGACAGGUCUAAGAAAGAUCGAUUGUGCUAUCGCGUAGCGGAAUUAAUCCCAGAACAAGAUUACGUAAUUGACGUUGCUGCGUAUACCGAAAAUGGUGGCUGGAGCGACUGGAGCCAGAAGCUUACUGCUCGCACUCAUGAUCAAGAAAUUCCUGUUCCUGAGCAGACCUUGAGAAUUACCGAUGAGAAGGCAGAAAGCAUUACUGUAGAAUGGGAUGGAUUGACUCCUGAGAAGGCUGCUCACAUAUACGGUUACGUCCUGGAAUACAAAGCAGCGGAUGAAGACGAGUGGCAAACCUAUGAAAAUGUUGUAAAACAUAAACCGCGGCAGAGCAAAUAUAAGGUACAGGUGAAAGGGUUGGCAGAAGCAACAGAGUACUUUUUCCACUUGAGAAUAGUUGGCAUUAAUGAUAAGAGAGGAGCUCCUGGACCUGACGCUACUGGAAAAACCAAAUGUGGACGUCCACAAGAGCCGCCACAUGAUAUUCACUUACAUUCAGUUGGUUUUAACAAAGUUCAUCUAUUUUGGAAGAGUCCCGACAAAGAAACAUGGAAAUGCGAUAAUGUGCAGUAUUUGGUGGAAUACAGAAAUACUACAGUUCCUCGUGGAGUUGUUAAUGUUGCGGAAGAUUCACCAAAUGAAAUUUUCAUGGAAUCCUUGCCAGGUGCAAAGUGGGAAGUAAGAAUGAGAACUGAGACUGUUGAGGAGGGACAGAAGCCGCUGUAUAGUCCAUGGAGUGAGUGGAAAACAUUAAAUGUAAAAUCAUAUCCAGGAGAAAUUUUUGUUGAUGUUCAAGUUCAGUCGCCAACAUCAGCUGUUGUCACAUGGGACCUAAACGACAAAGACCGUCUGUGGAGUUAUGGAGUCGACAUUGUAGCAAAAUUGAUAAAGGCAGGGGGUUGCAAGAAAACGGACUACGAACCAAUAGUCAUGAAGAAUGUCCACGACAAAAAGGUGGUAUUAGAUGGACUGCUUCCUGGUUCAGAAUACGAGCUUACCGUUAUUCCGCGUAGGUUUUCUAGCGCUGGCAAUGAUCUACCAAAAACUGUUAAGAAGUUUACAACGCAUAGUGAUGUUCCUUCUGGGCCACCAACUAACUUACAUCCUAAAGAUAGUAAGGACACUAUGAUCGCUUUUGCUUGGGAGCCGCCUCUAUGCCACGAACAAAACGGUGAAAUAAAUGAGUAUUUGUAUGUUGUUGAGCCUGUUGACACAUGGAACAAGGUCAGCGGUAUUCAGGAAAGUGCAACUAAGAAGCUAUGGGCGCACAUGGAUGGACUCAUGCCUGGUUCCUCCUAUAAGGUUAAAGUCCGGGCAAAAACAACUGCUGGUUUGGGACCUUGGUCUGAUUAUAUAACUAUGAAAACAACUGGUUCAGAAGUAGAUAGACCUCUGGAUUUAGUGGCAAUUCAGACAACAGUUAAUUCUGUUUCGUUGGCGUGGAAUCCGCCGUAUCCUGAACGAGCUCCUGUGAAUUCAUAUAAAGUCACGCACAGCCCUGGUGGCAAUGGCGCAGAUUCAAGAGAUGUGCAGUUUAAUCUGUAUGAACUUGGAUGUUCUGCUUUCCAACCCAACCCGAAUUUGAAAAAGGAAAGUUUAUGCGGAACUAUCCUUGGUUUGAAACCAAACACAACGUAUCGAUUUACAGUGCAGGGGAGAUCUGCGUCAUCUGAAGAGUGGGGGCUUCCAUCUCAACCACACUAUGCUACUACAAGGGUGAAGGAAGACCGAGAUGACUGGGGAGGUAUACGUUUGGUAUCGGCCAGUUAUGACAGACUGAAAGUCAAAUGGACACCACCGGAAGUUAUUCGAGAUGCAGUUAGCAAAUAUCAUGUGAACAUAUCUGUUGCAUCAUCACUAGAUAAAAUGCCCAAACAGGAAUUGGUGGACGCUGCAUACCUGGAAAAAGAAUUCCGAAACUUGGAACCAGUGACUAGAUAUAACAUCACCGUUCAAGCGUUCUCGCCUGAACGAAGUAUUUGGUAUGCACAGGGAGUAUUUGAUACCACUGACUACGCAUCUGGUAUUAUUCCUUGGCUAACAGCUCCAAUUGAUUUGAGUCUUUAUGACAAAUCGGACGUUAUGCUUCAUGUUCAGUGGAGUCAUCCGGUACUUGGUGAACCGGAACGAAUCAAUGAAAUAAUUGAAUACAAAGUUACCAUCGCGCCGUUUGAUAAGUUUACUGGUAAGCUGGGUACCUCAAAAGUGUAUACUGUUGACGCAGAAAGAAGAACAAUUAUCUUAGAUGGUCUGACUCCAGAGACCAUCUAUAAUGUUACUGUGCAAGCAAUGACAGACAACGGUUACGGUGAAAUGGCUUGGGCAGUGUACAGCACUUUACCACCUGGCCAAGAGCACAUUCUUAGACUAUUGCACAGAACACCAACGUCGCUUACAGUCGCAUGGGAACCAAAGUGGCCUGUCGAUGACCACUACGUGCUCCAGUGGAUAGGUCUUCAUUCAGCCAUCCCUCACGGAAGGAUGAAGAAGCUUCACACAGAGGAAAUCGAAAGUACCAGGCGGAACUAUACUAUUACUGACUUAGAUCCAGCUACCACAUACAAUGUGUCAAUAAGGCCAAAGAAUCAAGUGAAUGGAGCUUGGGGUGUUUAUGCUACAUUACCUCCUGGGUGGCACAUGGUACGGAACUUUGUAUGGUGUGCUAGAGAAGAUCAUGCAGUUUCACUAAAAUGGGACGGUAUAGAAAAUGAUUUGGCUAGCGACUACAUGAUAAGAUAUAAGUCUUCAAAAGAUGGUACAUGGAGUCACGAAGAAGGGAGAGCUGCUGAGAUGCUUUGUCCGAGGGACCCUGAUCCUUCAACUGGCAGGGAGUGCCAUAAACGCUGCUUCUUAGUAUUCAAUUUACCUCACAAAUCUGCCAUAUACGACUUUCAUGUCCGCGCAAAGGUUAUCUUUCUCGUUAACGGAGUUUGGAACAGAUGGAGAAACGUUGGGAGACCAGAAUUUUUGCCAAAACCAGGUCAAAAAGAUUCAUGCUGUAUUGUACCUCCAGUUGGCUUUGUUGAAAAUAUCGGUAGUGAAGGCACCAGUUUCCCGAUAGAUAUCACUCCUGUAGCGAAAAGACCAGAAAACGUAACACGUUACUAUGUGAUCGUUGAUGAACGUGUUCCACCUGGAGAAACUAAUUGGACAUACCUAACUGACAGACGAACAGCCUAUGAACGAGGAUACAAUUAUUACAUUGCUGCAUCGUAUACACCAGAAACUUUGCUUGAUAAUAAAAAGAUGACAAUUGGUGAUGGAAAAGUAAUUGGUGGUUAUCUAAAUUAUCCGUUAAAGAAAGGAAAACAAUACAGUCAUAAAUUCUUGGCAAUAUGGGAUCUGGACGGAAAACCAGGUGUUGUUGGUACUUGGACAGGUAAAUAG